AUGUACUGUGUAGACACUGGAGAGAAGAAGUUAUACAUUCUCAUGAUUGCCUGUGCGUUGACAAGGGCUGUUCACAUUGAACUAGUUGACUCAUUGUCUGUAGAAGAUUGCAUUUUGGCUCUUCGGAGAUUUUCAGCAAGGCGUGGCAUUCCCUCAGUGAUUUACUCAGAUAACGCCAAGACAUUCAAAGGGGUGAGUAAUCUCAUUCAAUGUCAGAUGGGUCCUAUGACAAUCACAUGGAAAUCCAAUGCCCCCCUUGCGCCAUGGUGGGAAGGUUGGAGGGAGCGUCUCAUCCGAUCGACUAAAUCUGGACUUCGGAAAACAAAUGGAAAGAGAUCAGUGACAAGGACGCACCUGGAGACUCUCAUACAUGAAGUAGAGGCUUGUAUCAACUCUCGACCUCUCACGUAUGCAGCUGAAAUGAAGAAUCCUUUGACACCGUCUCAUUUCCUCAUUGGCAGAGGGACACCCAUGGUUUCAGCAGAGAUCACAGACUACUGCAGAGACUUUGCAGACUUCCAGAGGAGAGAGCAAGUACGGCAAAAUGCAAUUGAACAAUUUUGGAGAGUGUGGCAGAAUGAAUACAUAAGAUGUUUGCCACCUAUGAGACUGAGGAAGCCCAAUGAAGAGAUGAAGAUUGGCUCACUAGCUCUCAUCAGAGAGGAAGGCAGGCCUAGGUUACAAUGGCCUUUAGCUGUUGUCACAAAGUUGUACCCUGGAAGAGAUGGGUUUGUCCGAGCAGUGGAGUUGAAAACAGGUAAAGGGAAAAUUAGCAGACCCAUUCAGAGACUUCACAAGCUAGAGAUUUUUGAAGAACAAGAUAAUGAAGAAGGGGAAUUGCAGGGUCCUCUUCAAGGGGAUUCAGACCCAUGGGGCGUCUGGGGAAACCACUGUCACUGA